AUGACCGAUAAAAUCAACAACGGUACUGCGCGGAAGAAGUUACGCACAAAGACUGGCUGCUUUACAUGUAGACAAAGACGCAAGAAAUGCGAUGAAAAGUCCCCAAUCUGCGACUUGUGCCGAUCUUCUGGGCGAAGAUGUAUAUGGCCAUCACCAAGCGAUUUACUCGAUCGUCGUUACUCCCACCAUUGCGAUUCACGGCACCAAGAUCGGAGCCUUAAAGAACAGCUACAACAACACGAAGAUGACAUUGGGAAUUCCUUGAUACCCAGCAGCAGCAAUCACCCCGUACAGAGUGCCAUCUCUUCCUACAGCUCAUCAACUAUUUAUGAGACGAAUUCUGUUUGUCCAUUGGACCUCUUAUCGCAAGCCGCCACAGUGCACCGCGUGCUCUCUAACCACCUAGAGCUCCGCGUCUCCGACCACUUCUCUGAUAAAUACUUUUCCCUCCUACUACUACCGGACUGCUACCGCGGAUUCCACGACGGCUGGCUUACUGAAAUCAAGCAGCUCAUGGUGACUCACAAGAGCUUGUACUACUCAGUCUUGGCUUGUGCUGCAUCACACAUAUUUCUCACCGACUCCGUGUGGGAAAUGCACCCUAUUGCUUUAUCCUAUUACGCUGAAGGGGUGAAAGAACUUCAGCUUUUACUUGGGAAAGUUUCUCAAUAUGAGAACCACGACGCGCUUCUCAUGUCUGUGAUGCUGCUUUAUCUCCACGGGUGCCUGGGAUGGGGCACGCAUAGUGAUGUUGCACAGCACGUCAAUGCCGCGACUCGUAUAGUCACUUUGAGAUUGCUUAACAAGCCGGUCGGCAUUCAACGACUGUUCGACAGACUCGCCCUCGAAAGUGUCAUCUACCAGCAGUUCCUACUCUCAACAGGCCUAUGGUCAGAAAGCAGUCAAUGUGACUUUGUGUUCAACCCAGAUUUCUGGGAUAGUGUUGAGAAACUUCUCGACAGGUCCACACUCUUGUCAGGAGCGCCUUGGAAUGUUGAAAGCCCUAUCUUAGGGGUACCGUUGUCUUUCUUUCGUACCACCAUAAUCUUACGGGAAUGCUACCGUUCAGGUGUUAGUCUGGAUCCUGCAGUCCUCAGCCGGAUACAGCAUGAGGUACAAGGCUGGGAAGCACAACUCUGCGAUCCGGACUCUGAAUCUAUUCACAGCUCCACUGAUACAGUUAAAAAGAUACCCAGCUCAACAACCAGGGACGAAACAUACUUAUAUGCGAUAGUUGCCUCUCUCCUGCUUGAACAGAUUACUGAGUAUGGAAGCAGAGGAACUAUGCCAUCGGUAGUGUCCAGGGACAAGUGGCAGAUAAGACUGUUCUUACGAAUUCUCAACAGCCACCAAGGCAGCCGAGAAUGGGCCAGAUCAUAUGCGGGUAAUUGGCCAGCGUAUACCUUGGGAGUAUUUCUUUCUGCACCUGAAGAUAGGCUGGUGGUGAAGGAAGAUCUUGAGAGGUCGUGGGAGGUUACAAGAAUGACCUAUGCCCUGAGGUAUUGCCGUGAUCUAGAUAUAAUUUGGAAGUCGAGAUUGUAGUAGGUGAUGAAAAUUCAGAAGA